AUGCCCUACUACUACCCCUACCCAUAUCCCAUCCCGCACUACGUCCCCGUCUUACCCAUCUACCCAACCACAACAGUAACCGCAGUCUCUGCCCCAAUAAUUCAACAAACGCCAGGCUUCAAUCCACUUCAUGGACAAGAUCCCGGUCCCGCACCUCCCGGCAUAGGAAAUCGCGUCGCGGGUUAUGUUACUGGUUUGGCGACAAUAGGUCCUCCGAUAGUGGGAGUUGCACCAAUAGCGGUCUCUCAACCGCAUCCUUCGGAUGCAUGUACAAAAUGUCGGAAUCGAAAUGCGAAUGCUACAGCAAAUGCGCCUGCGAGUUCUUCAUCUCCAACUCCAACUCCAGAACCAAAACCUCCCACCACCACUCCAAAAUCCAUUCUCAACCCAACACCAACUCCCACUCCCAAUCCAGGACAUUCAUCAUCUUCACCCCCUUCAUCUCCCACAAAAGGCAAAUCCAAAUCCAAAUCUAAAUCCAAACUCGAACCUCCGCUCAAUAUCCUCACUCAUGCAAAUACAAAUAAAAAUGCAAACCUGAAUCCGAAUUCGGGAUCCUGA